AGGCUCCACCCACAAUACAAAGCAGACAAGUGAACCUCCAAGACAAGAGAAGCAAAAGCUGUAGCGUUACUAAAUUAAACUGACAUUACACCGACUCUGAACACACCGUUUCAGCGACACUUUUUUAAACGACAAUUUUUUUCAAGAAGCCAAAAUUCGACAGCGAUCCUGAGAGGCUGACAUUACAGUCAGCUACCCGUUCCAGCCAUUGUCCUCGACGGGGAAAAAGCGACGCCCUCAGGCCGCCGCUGGUACUGCAGCACACCGGGAGUCUGAAUAAUUUAACUCUGGAAAAUGAGCUCAGAAGAGGCGACAGUCCCAACCAAAACAGCCACAGACGACGAUGGGAUGUCUUGGUGGUACCGCUGGAUCUGCAAACUGGCCGGUGUCUUGGGUGGUAUAUCAUGUGCAACGAUGGGCGUCUGGAACUGUGUGACUGUGAAUCCGUUGAACAUCGCGGCUGGAGUUUGGAUGGUGUUGACGGCGAUUGUGUUGUUCCUGUGUGAGGUGCCCUUCUGCUGUCAGUUCGUAGAGUUUGCCAAUGCUAUAGCGGCGCGUGCAGACCGUCUGAAGCCCUGGCAGAAAGCCCUGUUUUACUGCGGGAUGGCACUGUUUCCCAUCUUUCUGAGCUUCUCCAUCACUACUCUGUUUGGUAACGCCAUCGCUUUCGCUACAGGAGUGCUGUACGGACUCGCAUCCCUUGGAAAGAAAGGUGAUGCGGUGAGCUACGCUCGGUUGCAGCACCAAAAACAGGGCGACGAAGAGAAACUGACAGGAACGACAGACGGUUCAGUGCCGUGAACCUCCUCUACCUCCGCUGCGUCCUUCCCUCUCUUUUUCCCCUUCACGUAACGUUACAGUGUAACCUUUGACCUCUGACAGUGUGAGUCAGUCAGCACAAAUCAGUUUUAUGUAGGAUUUAUUAAAUAAAAUGGGUUUUAUGUGUAUUUUUUUCAAUUGCGCUAUCAUGCACAGUUGUUUUAUUUCAUUUUAAUCU